UUCCUCCAAGCCUGCUUUUUUUUUUUCCUCUCCCUCUCUGGGUGUGACUUUUUAUUCCCUCCCAGUUAUGACAAAACUUCAGCUCCUUUGAUUCGUAAUAUUAAGUCCAGUAAAAGUCCCAAGCCUCCUUGUCUGCUGUACUCACUGGUUUUUUACUUUCUUCAGUCUCUCUCUGCCUCCCCUUUUGGAUUUUGAAAACCAAGACGUUUGACCAGAAGAUGGCCAAGAUGCUGUGGAUUUUUACAAUCGGACUAUGUAGCUUCAUCGGCUUCAGCCAGGCAAAAAUAGCGAUCAGCUGCCGCUUCAAAGGAGUUUUCCACGCCGAAAAAGAAGGUCGAUACAUGCUCAGUCGUGAAGAGGCCACGGAACUCUGCGUUUUCCUCAACAGCACCUUGGCCAACUUUGAGCAACUGAGCAUCGCUCACGGCGUCGGCUUUGAAACCUGCAGGUACGGCUACGUAGAGGAACACGUUGUGAUUCCCAGAAUCACUCCAAACCCUAUCUGCGCAGCCAACUACACGGGCGUGUAUAUCCUCACGUCCAACAUCUCCACGACGUACGAUGCCUACUGCUACAAUGCCACCGAAACAAGAGACAAGGACUGUGACCCUGUUCACCUUCCGAAUGACGUCGUUUUCCCCUCCUAUGACCCCACCUUACUAGUUACCAUGAAUCCUGAUGACGGAGCAGAGGAAACGACUCCAACUGAGCCAUGGGAUGCCAUGCAUUUUCCUCUCCCCCAAAACCCAACUGGUGACAAUUAUUUGGAAGAGACCACUGACACACAAGAUGCUACUGAUCAUGAUGGGUAUUCUUUGUCAACGGAACAACCCGAUGAAUAUCCCAGUUACCAGUCUGGAGACCAUGAAAGUCAAACACCCCAUGGAGAUCAUAUACCCAACCAAGGCUUUGAUGUUGUAGAUGAGACAGUCUCACCUUUAGAUGACCUUUUAAGCCUAAAAACCACAGAGAGUCCACAUAGUGGCGAUGGAUAUCAUGGUGGCCAUGGACAUCAUGAUCACCAUGGGCAUCAUGACCAAAAUCACAAAGAUACUACUGAUAAUGACAUUAACCCACACGACAACGAUGAUGAAAACAAAGUCCAAACCGAUUAUGAUUAUAGGGAUCCAGAAGAUCACAUUCCAAAGGCUACAGAUUCCACCAUUAAUGAGGAACAUGACCAUGAUCAUGGAACACACCAUGAUCAUGGAACACACCAUGAUCCUAAUGAAUCUGGUGACGCAUCUCAGGGAGACAGCGAUACGAAGAAAGGAGGACGACGUGUUAACCCUUCCAACGUGGAAUCUUCUGAUUCACAGCCCACCACCCCUCAGCCUAAACAAAGAAGAGGCGCGAGGGUGCCAGAUUGGUUGAUUGUGGUCGUGGCGCUGGUAUCCUUGGGUCUGAUAUUCUCCGUCUGCAUCGCACUCAACACUCGUAGGCUAUGUGGCCAAAAGAAGAAAUUGGUGAUAAAUGGCAAGGGGUCUUUAGAGGACGGGGGCAUCAUAGAGCAGAAUGGAGAUACGGCAAAGUCCCAGGAGAUGGUCCAACUGGUGUCCAGGGACCCUUCAGAUCCCAGGGCUGUUAUGGACCAAGAAGAUAUAAGGAACGGACAGGAUGUGGACAUGAAAAUUGGAGUCUAGAAGCUAUCGUUCUCUUGAAAAACAAUCUGAGGGAGACUCCCUGUUGAAAA